AAGACGUCAAGUUAUGGUUCUGCUUUAACAAGUUUUAGCGAGAGACUUAUGGAGACGGUGGUCGUGGUAGCUGGUAGCGAAACGAAUUCUUGAGUGUUGCGGGGCAAUGCAACAGGAAUGGGUGUAGCAAAAUGGAACGUUGUCACAAAGUGUUUAUGGAUCUGGAUUAACCCAGCUGCAUGCCAGUGUCAAUGGUAAUGAUGAGUACCCAAAAAUCAGAAAGCAGCAGAAAAAGGAAAAGCACAAAACCGCAAAAAUCAGAUGAAGUCAAAAGAAGGCUUCCCUUAAAUGAAAUUGAGGUUAUGGAAUCCUUUCAUAAGGAGGAAUCACAGUCUGGUGAACAGAACACAGCAAAAAGAAAGAGAGGACGGCCUAAAGGGAACAAAAACAAAUACCCAUCUUGGUCUGCUCUGCAGAUCUCUUCAUCCAGUGAUGGAAAAAGUAACUUUCCUACCUCAUCAGAAUGUCCAAAAGUACUGGAUAAUGAUGGGGUCAGGUCCCCAGAAAAUGAAUAUCCUAAAGAAGAAGAAUAUCAACAAAAAGAAAGAAAUAGGUCCAAAGGGAGCACAGCAAAGACACUGUGCAGUUCAUCUGCCAAGGAAGAAUCAAAAUCUGGUGAACAGAAGACAGCAAAAGGAAAGAGAGGAAGGCCUAAAGGAAGCAAAAACAAAUACCCAUCUUGGUUUGCUCUGCAGCAGCGAACACCUGGAGCUCCAAAGAUGGGAAGAGGGAGACCCAGAAAACCAGUUGAAACUAAUGGCACUUUGGUUCCCAAGAGGCCAAGAGGGAGGCCUAAAGGAAGUUUAAACAAAAUCCCUUCUGCAAAAAAGCUUGCUGUCAGCAUGGGAAGCUCUUGUGUACAGAAGAGAGGGCGUCCAAGGAAGCAUUUAUUGCACCUUCCAACUUUAACUCCCAAAAGACCCAGAGGAAGGCCAAAGAUUGUUAGAAUAUCACCAACUGGACCCAUUGAUGUGGUUAAAGGCUCAAGUGUGCAAAAGAAUGAGAAAACCAGUGGCACUGAUGGACCUUGAAUUGAUUGAGCCUCUUCAUACUCCUUAUGGGUUAAGGAAGGAAAAGGAAAUUCACAGAGAUUUCCCCAGUAAGCAUUAAAUGCUUCAGGGAAAUAGACUAGAAGCAGAAAUGCAACAGUAAAAGGGUUGUCAGGAUUUUUUUUUAUAGUGAGGAAUUAGGUUGUGUGAAAUUUUUCUCAAUGUUACUGUUUUAAACGUGUGCAACUAUAUUUGAGUAGCCUCACAGACACAGUAGUUGAUUUCAUAAUGCUGCUGUUUCCUUAUAACAUAUUUAUAAAUUGUUUUGUGUCGUAAUAAAAAUGUUUUUUUUUGUA